UUAGCUUUUUAAUCAAUUUGUACAAAAAUGAAUCAACCGUUUGUGGUUUAAACAUCCUUUUUAGCUUCAUUAUCAUCGCUGACUCUGGAUAAACGCGCUUGUUUUCCGCGUUUUGCUCUAAAUUUGAGCGUUUCAGUGCGAUUUGUUCCAAAAUGAUGUGCAAAUGUCUCCGCAUCAACUGACACGACUCACCUGAGAUCACCUGCAAACGUGGACAUGUUUCUGACAUGUUUCUGCUUCUAAAACCCAGGGAAACAUCUUAAACUGACCUGAAAAUCCAUCUGGCAUCAGUAGCCGUCGCUGCAUCCUCCUGUUCUGCUGUAAACUGGAUUAAUUUGGGAUUUUAUCAAGUUUUAAACAUGGAAUAUGAAGAUAAAGCCAGGUUUGCUGCAGAGCGACUUCUGGGAUACACCAAAGACCCAUCCGGGUGGAAAGUGUGCAAAAAAUCAAACGACGUGGUUGUGUCUUGGCGUCCCUCGCAGGAGUAUCCCGGGAAUGUAUACAAAGGGGAGGCGCUGGUGAACGGCGGCCUCCUAAAAGUCUGGGAGUGUCUCAAACCCAUCCCCAACGGACUGAGGGUCAAAUGGGACAGCAACGUCAAGAAGUUUGAGCUCCUGCAGCAGAUCACAGAGGACGUAUCCGUGUGUCGUACUGUCACGCCCUCCGCCGCCAUGGGCAUCAUCUCCCCACGGGACUUUGUCGAUGUCAUUGUUGUUAAAAAGUACGAAGACGGCACCGUUUCAUCCAAUGCCACCAACGUGCUCCACUCGUCGUGCCCUCCACAGCCGGGCUUCAUCAGGGGCUUCAACCACCCGUGUGGAUGUGUCUGCGUCCCCGCGCCCGGCGAGCCCAACAAGACGCAGGUGUUCACCGUGUUCCAGACGGACUUGGGCGGGCUGCUCCCUCGCUCCGUGGUCGAGUCGUUCUUCCCCUCCAGCAUGGUCGAGUUCUAUUCGCACUUAACCAAAGCCGUCAAGUCGCUCAAAGACUUCUGACGGGGGCCCGGAGGUGAGCGCGGGAGAGCGUGGAGGGCCCUUCAGACUGUUAACGGCGCGCUCCCGUCGCCGUGUAACCACUGUCCUACGUGUUCCCGUGUAAAAACGUACGUUAGUUUACGAUACGCCCUCACGAUAUUACAGGACGUGGACAGUAUCGACGUGUAAACCGCAGACUGUGUAAAGAAGUGGACUGAGUCAGUGUGACGCUAGCCGGAAAGAACUCGCCUGAUUGGUCGGUUUAUUUAUGUUCAUAUCUUGAUUUCCGAACAAAAUAGCAAACAAACAACCCCAGGAUCAUGUAGAGCGGGUUAAUACGAACAUUUUAAGCACAUAUUAACGAGCCCGACAGCAGCAAUUACAGUUUUUAAGUCGUUUUUCCAGUCUGUGUUUGGCGCGCGGCAGCUAGCAUGUUAGCUCUGUCCAUUUGUAUAUACAGUCUAUGGCGUAAACUAGUGUCCAGUAGCGGUGGGCAAUAUGGCUAAGUGUAAUUUGACCCCGCGAUGACCCGCUAAUGUGUCGGCUUGGCUUCAGUUUCUUGCUUAUAGGCGC